GGCCAGCAUUUCGGGACACCUCACUUAUCCGGCCGACGACGACGACGGUACGAUUGUGUCCAACUGCUGUCUCUUCACGCGGAACAUAUUAUUAUUAUAGUCUGUGACGUUCACACACACACACUCACACACCACCGUCGUUUGAUAUAAUAUAAUAAUAAUAUUAUUAUAUUAUAUUAUACAUCGCAUAAUAAUAUAUAACCACACCAUAUAUUAUUAUAUAGGCGGCUUUCAACCGCGGCGGUUCGAAUUCACACGUCACACGACAGUAUAAAUUGAUCGUUCAAAUCUGCAUCUGUCGAUUAUUCCAUCAUCUGCCGUGGGCAAUACCAUAUUUUUCCGAUAUAAUAUUAUAAUACACAUACGUAUAUCACACUUUUCACCCGGCAUCCCCAAACAGUACUCAUCGACGAGAUGGCCAGCUCCAGCACUAUGAUCGUCGCCGUCGCCUCAGCGCUUUGCGUACACACCAUAUUGGCCUACCCGACUUCGAUUGAACGCGUUUCCGGGGACAACAAUUACUUGCCUCUUCGAAACUCUCCAUCAAGGGAUUUGGAUCGCUUCAUCGACACGUUUUGCGUCGAAGGCAACCGAUGCAAUCUACCGAGUGGUGUGAUGGCCGCCGCGGCGUGGGAUAGUCUUGACCGGUUGGACGGCGGCCACACUAUGGUGGCCAAACGGAGUAGUCUGGACCGAUUGAACGGUGGCCACACCAUGGCAGCCAAACGGAGUCUGGACCGGUUGAACGGUGGACACGUCAUGGUAGCCAGACGUAGCAGCCUGGACCGGUUGAACGGCGGUCACGUCAUGGUGGCCAGACGUAGCAGCCUAGACCGAUUGAAUGGCGGCCACAUCAUGGUGGCCAAACGCAGCAGCCUGGACCGGUUGAACGGCGGCCACGUCAUGGUGGCUAAACGUAGCCAACCGAAACGAUUCAACGAUGGUCUCACCGUGGUCACAGGAGGUCCGUUAUCCGUCCGUGGACAGCUGCAGUCGGCUCCUCAACAACUGCAACAGCAGCCCCCCAAGUAUCCUCGGACACUAACCCGGUGGUCCGAAGCCGACGUGCAGUACUUCAAUGACAACGACCGCGACGACUUCUACUCGAAAGACGGUGAUGACUACUACUCGAAAGACGGCAGCGACUACUACAUGAAAGAUUACGAUGGUGAUGAUUGUCAGGGCUGUGGUUCGUCGGCAAAGGCUGCGUCCUUUUAAUUGCUGUCACCCUCUCUCGUCGUUGUCCUCGCACAUAACAACACAUGAUCAAAUAAUAUUUUUCACGGGGUAUUGCAUCCGAAUUAACCAAAACCCGUAACACACUUAGAAACCAUUAAAAGAAAAUCCGUUACAACUUGAAUGAUUUUUUGUCCAAAACACCCAAAUUGACCAAUACCCGAAUAAGACAUUCCAGAUAACCCUGCAAAAGUCGAACAUUUAUUUUAUUUCAUAAAUUGUAAUAUAAUAAUAUAAAAUAAAUAAUAACUAAAUAGUUGUAUUUUGGAUGCCAGCGCCCGAAACCUGAAUAAUUGAUUCGGGUGCAACACCCUGAUAUGUAGUUAUUAAUAUCAUAGCUAUAUAGGUAGGUACAAAACUAUAUUAACCUAUAUUGUAACGGACACGACGGCACCGAUCGAAAACAUAAUAUUAUCGUGCGAUAGAAAUUUUGAUUUUAAAAUAUAUUAUACUAUUACAGUGAUUGAAUGCUGCACAAAAUAAUAAAAA